UUCCCCCUCUCCCAUCAAAAAUGUGAUUGGCGGGCUGCCCCUGCUGCUGGCCAAUGAGAGCAAAGGGCAGCGGCCGAGGCGGAAGUUCCGGUUUCCACCGCCCGUGGUCGCUGUACUACGUGCCGGCGGCAGCACGUGACAGGCAGUUCCCGUGGGCCAGCCUCGGUCCCGCCGGCUCCAGCGCCGGGCACCGGGCCAGCCUCGGUCCCGCCAGCGCCCGCCGGCUCCAGCCUCGGUCCCGGCUCCGCGCCCGGCUCGGUCCCGCCGGCUCCAGCGCCCGGCUCCCCGCGCCCGCCGGCUCCAGCGCCCGGCUCCCCGCCCGCCUUAGUCCCGCCGGCUGCCCGCGGCAGGAUGGUGCGGAAGCUGAAGUUCCACGAGCAGAAGCUGCUGAAGCGGCUGGACCUGGUGAGCUGGGAGGCGGCCUCGGGGAACCUGGCCGAGCUGCGGGUGCUGCGGCGCUACCGGCUGCAGCGGCGGGAGGACUACACCCGCUACAACCAGCUGAGCCGGGCCGUGCGGGAGCUGGCGCGCCGCAUCCGCGACCUGGGCGAGGCCCACGCCGCCUUCCGGGCCCGCUGCACCGCCGCGCUGCUGGAGAAGCUCUACGGGCUGGGGCUGGUGAGCUCCAAGCACUCGCUGGAGCAGUGCGAGCGGGUCUCGGCCAGCUCCUUCUGCCGCCGCCGCCUGCCCUGCCUGCUGCUCCGGCUCCGCAUGGCCCAGAAGCUGCGCGACGCCAUCACCUUCAUCGAGCAGGGACACGUGCGGGUGGGGCCCGAGGUGGUGACCGACCCCGCCUGCCUGGUGACCCGGGCCAUGGAGGAUUUCAUCACCUGGACCGACUCCUCCCGCAUCCGCCAGCACGUGCUGAACUACAACCAGGAGAGGGAUGACUUCGACCUGGCCUGCUAGGCUAAUCCACCCCACCAGCCUGGGAGGAGACUCUGGACCCAGAUAUGCUGCCUCUCCAUGCCGCGGCGAGUGGGGCUUGGCCUUGGCCUGCAUGUGCUGCCCAGACCCAGUUGUUCUGUGCACCACCUCCCCCUGCAAAGGGAUUCCUGGCCCAGGUGGGCCUUGUCAGAUACCACUCUCCACCUCUGCAAAGGGCUCUUGGCUCACUUGUGCUACCAUGCCUGCUUCCGACCACCUCCCUGUGAAGGGAUCCUGGCCAGGUGGGCUGAGGCCAGUAACACCCACCUCCUGUAGGAAGGGACUUCUGGCCAGGUGGGCUGUAAGUCACUGUCCCCAAGCCUCUGCCUCCUCUGUAACAUUGUACCCUCCUGCUGCAAAGACCAUUAGCAGAACAGACAGAAUGGUGGUAUUCUGUUGUCACCAUCAAAGGGGUAUCUAGAAGGGACUGAUGAACAAAUGCUCUCCUGGCCAGGAAAACAAUGUAGAGGGUGACUGAAGAUUUAAAUGCUGUUGCUCAAACGUGAUGGUGGAACAGAUACAGGUUUUGUACUAGAGUUUCUCUCUCAACAAUAGUCACUCUUUCAAAAAUAAAUCAACAGGGAUAGUUCUGUUUUCAGAAUUAAACUUUGCUAGUUAUGCUAACAUUGUAAUCUGCAGCAAUACCUAAAACAGUCCUCAUGACUGUCUCACAUGUUUAAUAAAGCUGAAAUUACUUUUCUUAGAA